UGUUCAGACACACUUCUCACAAACUUUUUUCAAAUCAAAUACGACGCGCGCAAUAUAUAGGAUCUUUCUUCUUCCCAUCACCCCAUCUAUCUCUCGAUCCCAUAUCAUACUACCUACAUAUAACAUAACCAUAACCCAUCAUCACUCCAUCGUCUUUUUUUCCUUUGCAGGAUUCACAUCUGCUUAAUCACCCCACCUUAUCAGUCCCCCCUUCUUGCAUGCUAGCUCGAGGCUAGCUAUUUCGUAGUGUACAGUAGUGGACUCGGAGUAGCGCUUGGGGUUUUAUCGCCGCCAUAAAGAACGUUGGAAGGGUUGCAUUGAGAAAAGGAAAAGGAAAAGGGAAAGUGCCGGAAAAGUUAUUCAAGAAUCCAGCAGAGGAAGCAGAAGCAGUUGAAGAAGAAGAAGAAGAAGAAGAAGCAGUUGAAGAAGAAGCAAGAGCAAUCGAUCCCUAGCCAUAAUAUUAUUUACACCAAUUCUUGUCGACAAUCAUAACUACUACCCUCGAUAUCAACAAUUCCAAAAUUCGAAAGCUUUUCUUACUUUCUCUUUCUUCUAUUGUUCACUCAUUCAUUCAUUCAUUCAUUCAAUCAUUUACCUACCCACCUACCCACCUACCUACCUGGCUUGCAUUCUCGAGGAGUACGACAUAACGAUAAAGCCAUCUGAAUAAUGAAGGCUCUUCGUAGGUCGAUUAAAGGCGAAAAGCCCGAUUCAAAAGCUCAACAUAUUUCUCUAACGCCCAAAUCUGCCGUCGCGAUUGUCCCUCCAAAAAAGGUUAUUCGCGCAUUGUACGAUUAUGAGCCAUCAUCAAAUCAAGAAUUGGGUUUUACGAGGGGCGACUUCUUUCAUGUUAUAGGACGAGAAAACGAUACGGAUUGGUAUGAAGCGUGUAAUCCUGCAGUGCCAGAUGCGAGGGGUUUGGUACCUGUUGCAUACUUUCAAGCGUUAGGAAAGACUGAGCGAGAUAGUGGUCAAUCUCUAUCAGAUAAGUCGCCUAUGGGUAUGAAGGUGGAUCAUGAUUCGGGUUAUUCCGACAUGUCCGGUUCAGGGACACUGGCGAGUCCACCAGAUAGCGGUGGAGGUCAGAGAUUUUCAAAGACAAUGAAAGGCACCGGCGCGAUGGUUUACGGAGUGGUUAUGUACGAUUUUGCGGCGGAAAGGCCCGAUGAAUUGGAAGCCAAGGCUGGAGAAGCAAUCAUCGUGAUUGCUCAAUCGAAUCCGGAAUGGUUUGUCGCGAAACCCAUUGGGCGACUUGGGGGCCCAGGACUAAUACCAGUUGAUUUCAUCGAGAUACGCGAUAUGGGCACUGGCAAAGCGGUGCCGAACGCGCAAGAGGCAGUUCAGAGAGCGGGUGUGCCCAAAGUCGAAGAAUGGAAGCGAAUGGCCGCCGAUUAUAAGAAUAGUAGCAUUACCUUGGGCAAAUUCGAAGUUCCCAAUGGCUCUUCACAACAACAGCAACAACAAAUGCAGCAGAGCAUGGAAAGAAUGAGUCUGCAACAACAGAACUCAAGGCAGAGUCAGCAGAAUGGUCAAAGCUAUGACCAACGACAAUCACAACAAGCAAGAGCAUCUCAACCCGCCCAACAGGUUCCGCAAAACCCAUAUUCUGUGCCAUCCAAAUCUACGUCCCAAUUGUACGCUCCAAUAUCAGCGCGGAUACCACGAUACUGUUUCGCUGAAGAUAAAUACUGGUUCGUGAUCGAGGCUGGUCUGGAAGAUGGGAGACAUUGGGAACUUUCGAGAUACUACGAAGACUUUUACGAUUUUCAGAUUGCUCUCCUGACAGAGUUCCCGGCGGAGGCAGGAAACACUGGUACGCAGAAAAGAAGCUUGCCGUACAUGCCAGGACCUGUCAACUAUGUUACAGACGCGAUUACCGAAGGAAGACAACAUAAUCUUGAUGCCUAUGUCAAGAGCCUUUUGACCCAACCACCAUAUAUCUCAAGAUGCACUCUUGUUAAGCAGUUCUUCGCGCCUCGAGAAGGAGAUUAUGAGAUGGAUCCAAACGCAGUUGAAGAAGAAUACCGUCUAUCGGGUGGUUCACAACAGUCAUCAAACGAUUCAAGAACACAAGCAGCAUCUAGGCAAUCUUCAAGGGGCGAUUUGAACGGUGAAAAUUAUUCGAGCGGGGCACCUACGGGCUUAACAGCUGCUCCAGGUCAUCAAAGAGGACAAUCAUCGUUAUCAGUCAAUAAUGGUCAAGGUCCAACACGUCAGACCUCAUCUCUCUCUCAACCAUCCAGCAACUCAUUAUUAUCUCCAGCCAAUAAUGCCAAUGGGCAACUACCAUCUCCAUCUGCUAUGAAGGUCAAGAUCUAUUUCGGUGAUGACUUGAUUGCCAUUCGAGUACCUACCGACAUUCAGUUCCAACAGCUUUAUGAGAAAAUCAGUGAUCGCUUGAAGAUUCCACAAGGGGAUGAAAUUGCACUUUACUACAAGGACGAGCCCAGCGGAGAAAAGCCCAACUUAAUGAGCGACAAUGAUUUGGACAUUGCUCUACAACGGAACGAUAAGCUUAUUAUUUACGUCGAAUAUCAAUAGUAUCAUUGAUCACAACUUUUACAUCUACAUGUAUCUGCUACUGCACGGGCAAUGGAGAACAAACAACUCUCGUCGAUUCUAUGAACGAAAUGUUCUAUCGCUACUUUUUUUGCACUUACACUUUCUUGAUCUGCUUCAGAUGUACAGACAACUCUUCUGUAGGGGUUGGUAAUAGUUGCUGGUACACUUUUUGGCAGCCAAAACCACUCAUUUUGAUGCAGAUCAACACAAUUUUUUUUUUAAACAAUACCAUUCUUCUUACCUUUUCGUCAAGAUUCUAUCGGGGAUAAGAAUAUUAGGGAGGCACUGGGCGUUAUCAUUAUGGCGCUUCUUCUUUAUCACCCCUUGUUGUUUUUUUCUUUUGAACAUUUUGGGCUGCAUGACGGACAUACCAUGGAAAUUUCAUUUGUUGGAGGAAAUUAGUUACCAAUUGCUUUUUAAGUUACGGGAGAUGGAGAUGGAAUUGGGAAUGAGGGAGAGGAGGAGGAGAGGGAGAAAAUUAAAGAGAUGAUGAUAGGGACGACUAAGUUCUUAUUUAGUGUGUGAAUGAAUACCUAAGCAGCGAGCAUUUAAAUAUUCAAUUGAAUGGACUGAAAA